AUGGAUCCAGAUGAAGAUGAACACAUCCAUCCUGGUCAGGAACAACUUCAUGUUUCAGAAGCUUAUGAUAAAAUUAAAGAUUCCAAGCCGUCUGCUAAAGGUGGUAGAUUAACUGAUAGAGCUAGACGAAUAGUAAAACAUGAUAAUGUAUGUUCUGUAUUCUGUGGGGGUAAGAAAUGUAAAUAUUGUUGUCCUGACAACUGGAGUAAAGAACAGAUGGCUGUUGAUGGAUUAUUUUCUCACUGGGUAACAGAUAAUAUAUUAGCUAUGGCCAGGCCGACCAACAGUGGAAUACAGAAAUAUAAAAUAGUGGACCAAUUUCUACAAAUGAAUAUUAAAACAAUUAUCAACCUACAGCAACCAGGAGAACAUGCGUAUUGUGGUGAUGGAAACGAUAAAACAGGCUUCUCCUAUAAUUCUCAAUUAUUUAUGGAAAAAGAGAUAUUUUUCUACAAUUUUGGCUGGUAA